AUGAACACUUUGGCUUGCGCUGUCUUCGCCCUCCUCGCGGUCUCCGCGUCCUCAGCACCGGCGGAGAUCCCCACGCCCGUCAGCAUCCUGGCGUACACAGCCGACGGGCCGAACCCAGACGGCUCGUAUGCGUUCAGCUACGAGACUGGGAACGGCAUCAAAGCGGAGGAACACGGGCAAGCGAGGCAGCUGAACGAGACGAGCUCGGUGAUCGCCGUUCAAGGAUCGUACAGCUACGCUCUCGAGGACGGUUCUCCGGUAGCCUUGAGCUACGUCGCCGACGAGAAUGGCUUCCAGCCACAGGGCGAGCACCUUCCUACACCGCCGCCGAUCCCGGCUGGGAUUCUGAAGGCGCUGGAAUAUAUUGCCGCGCACCCACCGCAAAAUACAGUAUAA